AAACAUCCGGUUUACUUUUUUUCCAGCAUGGCAGGCGGUGAAAAGAAAAAGAUCGCAUCACAUUCGAAAGAAACGUUAUCUAAGACUGAAUCGCUGUGUUUGGAUGACAUUCUUGAGUUGGGCGGGACAAAGGCUGACCUUGAGUUACUAGCUGGCAUUGAUGAGAGUGACAAUGAGGACACAGCCGAGUUUGGAGAUGACCUUGAGGUGGAAGCGGUGAAAAUCAAUGAGGUAAAAGAUUUUAUUACGAAACUUGGCAUCUUUGAACACAGACCUAAGGAUUUACCUGAGGAAAAUGUUGUUGAAGAAGAAAAAGAAGUACAAGAGUCUGAUGCAUCUGAAUUAAAGGAAAGUUCAAAGAAGAAGAAGAAAAAGAAUAAAUAUAAAAUUCAGGAUGACGAGGUCUCAAGUUCGUCAUCACAUGCUGCAAGUUCUUGGAAUCCAAUGCAGCAUAUCCGGUUUUACAAACCAAGGAAAUAUCUUCUUGUUAAAGCAGGAAGUAGCUGGCUGGAGGAGACAUCUACAGAACCCAGUACAAAAGAAGCACCAGAAAACAUUGUUCAGAAAAUGGAAGAAUUUGCAUCAAAACUCCUUCAAGAUGAAGUGGCUCUUUAUAACAAACAACGUGAGAACAGUCGGCGUUCAGAAGCCAAAUGGCUGAAAACUGUUCUGGGCUCUGGUACGCUGAGUGACAAAGUAGCUGCUCUGACUCUUCUUGCUCAGGAAUCUCCCGUUCACAGUCUUUCCAGUAUAGAGAGUUUGCUGAAUAUGUGUAAAAAGAAAGGAAGGAGAGAAAGCACAAUGGGCGUUGAUACAUUGAGAGAUUUGUUUUUGUCUGACCUGUUACCAGACAACAGAAAACUGAAAACAUUUAGCCAGCACCCACUUCUGUCUGUAGAUGAAUUGUCAAGUGGAAACAGGGAUGUGGUGGACAAGAAGCUGAUCCUUUGGCACUUUGAGUCCAAACUCAAAGAGAUAUAUUCUGAAUUUGUCAAGACUCUCGAUAAAUUGUCCCAUGACAUGAUACUUUCAACAAAAGAGAAAGCCUUAAGCUCUAUGUUCAGACUUCUUUCAAAUAAACCAGAGCAGGAAAAUGUGUUAUUACCAUUCAUAGUGAACAAGCUUGGUGAUCCAGAUUACAAGCUAGCGUCUAAAGCAUGUCAUUUUCUGACAAAACUCGUGAUUAUACACCCCAAUAUGAAGGGCAUCGUUUUGGAAGCUGUGGAAAAUCUUGUUUACAGACCAAACAUAUCACAGAAGGCACAAUACUAUGCCAUGUGUUUUCUAAACCAGCUGGUGCUAAAUCAGUCAGACCAGUCUCUGGCUCUUAGACUCAUUGACGUCUACUUCUCAUUCUUCAAGUCGUUUGUGAAGAAAGGUGAAGUGGACAGCAAGAUGAUGGCGGCUCUUCUCAGUGGAGUUAAUCGAGCAUAUCCCUUCGCCAAAGUGGACAGCGACUACUUCAUAGAGCAGAUGAACAUGUUGUUCAAGAUUGUACACAUCGUCAACUUCAACACCAGUCUUCAGGCUCUCAUGUUGUUACAGCAAGUCAUGGAUGCAAGUCACAGUGGAGCAGAUAGGUACUACAUGGCUUUGUACAAGAAACUGGCUGACCCAUCUCUGAAGACUUCUUCAAAACAUGCACUCUUUCUUAACCUGCUCUUCAAGAGUUUGACUAAGGAUGUCUCAGAGAAAAGGAUCAAGGCCUUUGCUAAAAGACUACUGCAAGUUUGUUCCUAUCAGUCCCCACCAUUUGUAUGUGGUGCCCUUGUGCUGUUAUCAGAGGUCAUAAAAGGAAAGCCAGGAGUCAUGAACUUCAAGCAGGUUUUUGUGGAUUCUGAUGAUGAAGAACACUUCACAGACUUUCCUGAAUCAGAGGAGUUUAAAUUGAACAGUGGUUCUUCUGGUUACCAUAGCAAUUCUGAUGAAGAACAGGGUGAAAGUUUGGUGGGGUCUGGCUCAAAAACACAGUCAUCUUGGAUGCACAGACAAAAUAUCAGCAGAAAAUCUGAUACUGGGGACUAUGAUCCAUAUUUUCGCAAUCCCCUGUACUGUCGAGCUGACCAAGAAUGUAUCUGGGAACUGAAGAAACUAGUGCAGCACUACCACCCAACUGUCAGUCUGUUUGCCCAGACACUCCUAGAGAACAGACAUGUAGAAUACACUGGAGAUCCUCUACAAGACUUCACGCUCAAGCGAUUUCUCGACAGGUUCGUCUACAAAAACCCUAAGAAGAGCGAUCAAGUUGCUGAAAAGGCUGGGUUGUCCAUGUCUAGGAGAAAAGUGUUUCAGUCAAAGGGAGUGAAGGGAAUACCAGUGAACAGUGACAACUAUAUUCAAAGAGGAGAGUCUCAGAUUCCAGUCGAUGAAAAAUUCUUCUUUAAAUAUUUUAGCCAGAAAGCUGUUCGGGACAAGAAGAAAGGCAAAGAUGAUGACAGCGAUGUCAGUGAUACGGAGUUUGAUGCGUAUCUAGAUUCUUUUGAGAAAGGAGUUGAUGUUGGAACAACAGAUAUUGAUUUUGACUUUGCUCGUGAACUUGGUAAAAGAGCUAAAGCUAACAAGAAGAAGGGGAAGAAGAAGGAGGAGAGUAGUUCGGAAGAAGAAGAAGAAGAUGAAGAUGAUGAAAUGUCUGACGAUGAGCUUGACUUCAGCGAGGAUGAAGAACUGGCAAAGGCUUUCAAAGAUGAGAUGAACAACAUGCAGGGUGAAGAUGACGACGAUGAUGACGAUGAUGAUAUUGAUGAUAAGGAGUUUGAUGAAGAGAAUAUUGCAUUUUCUGAUGAUGAUGAAUUCAGUGAAAUGGGUGGAAGUUCGAAGAAAGGCAAGAGAAGACUGGUAGAUUCCGAUGACAGUGAUUUGGAACUUACCAAUGGCAAGAAGAGAAGAAAAGACAAAAACCAGACGUCUGGUUUGUUUGCUGCAGCUGAAGAGUUUGCUCACCUCAUUGAUGAUAAUGCUGAAUCUAGCCUCGACACGCUGGGGACACAGGCCAUGUCAAACAAGGACCAAGCUGGCAUCAAACAGUUAAGAUGGGAAGCUGAUCGUGACCGCUGGAUUAAGGGACAAGACUGGAAGUCAAAGAAAAGAUCACAGAAAGGAAAGAUGAAUUUCAAACACAAAGGAUUUAAACCAAAACCACAAAAACAAAAACAAAAACAGAAACAGAAAAAGAAAUAAAACAAUAUGUGCAUCAAGUAUACAUAUACUUAAUGAUUUUAUUUUAACUUAUGGGAAGUCCUUAGGUAUGGAAUAAACAUAUUUGCUGCUAUAUAUUAAGCAAAUUAAUUUGGAACAUUCUUCGUCAUUUUGAAUCGUUACAUUUGUUAUGGCUGAAGUGUAUGUCAUUGUGUAACUAGGGUCAAUUAUUGGUGGGGGGGGGGGGGGAGGUGUUCAUUGUUUAACACUUUGCUAGUUAAUAUGGUGUGAAGAUCACAUUUAUUUGAAGAAAAGUUGUACUAAGCAAAAGUCCAAAAGUCUUUUAUAAUGUUUUCAGGGGCAUUUGCAGGAAUUUAUCCAGGAGGGUCAAAACAUGUUGGCACAUAAUAAAGUAAAUUAAAAUUG